AUGCCGGCUUUCCUUACUGCAUUGCUGACGAACUUGCAAGCGAGCAUGAUUGAGUUGAGGAUCUGUGUAAGGUCACCUUUGGCCUCUGGGUGACGUCUCUGGUCAGUCAUAAUGGACCGAGUCAAGGUGAUUGGGUUUGUGUCGAUACUUAAACUUAAGCGAUUAAACGGCCAUAAGCGGGCAAACAUACUAGUCUUUGCCUUGUCUUGGCUACAAAAUAGCCUCCUCCCUUAACUAACAAAACAAAAGAGGGAAAGAAGGCUGUCAUUUUGGAUUUCCGAUCUGAAUCACCUUAGGUAAGACCAUGUGGUAGGUAAAAUUUGUCUAGCCCAUCUGGCAGGAAAAGGAGAGUAACAAAACUUCUGUCUUCGAUAAGGCAUCCCCAAACCUGAAGGCCUGCUUCCAAAAAGAAAGAGGCCCUAUGUUCAGCUUCAUCAGGAUUGGUCCUAGCUACUCCAUAAAGAGUGCGCCACAGAGUUUAAUUUCCGUCAGCGUCACCAUUUUAUUUCUUGUGUCGAUAGGAAUAUGUAUCUCCUUUGUCUCAGCCAUUAUUUUUAUAAAGACUAUCCAUCUUAUUUGAUUUUAUCAUUAA